UGCCAUGGGAAACAAUAGUUCUCACAAGAGGACCAAAGUUCCCAAGCAGGCCCGCAAGGAGAAGCCACCUGACGUGGACACAGCCCGGCGGAAACAGCUGUUCUUCAGCCACCUCAAGCGGAAGAAGCCGAGCGCCAAGAUCGUGCUGCUUUUCCCCCUGGACAAGGAACAGCAGCUGGCCGAGGUGGCGGCGGGCCCCAGCGCGCAGCCCGGAAAGCCGGGCGAGGCCGCGGCGGGCGUCCCGGUGGGUUCCCGGGCCGCGGCGCCCAUGCUGCGAGGAGCGGGUGACGGCGCCGAGGGGCGCGAGGGCGCGCGCGCGCGCGAGAUGAAGAAGACCCUGGUGCUGCUGCUGCUGCUGCUGGACGCGCGGCCGCAGCAGGAGGGGCGGCGCGCAGCGGGCGGGCCCGGGGGCGGGGGCGGCGCGGGGGGCGGGGCCAAGGCCGCGCCCGGGCUCCACGCGCGCCUGCCGACCCAGAGCAGGGCGCAGCGGGAGGCCGACGCCGCCCGCCAGCGGCCGAGCGAGCGGCGCGGCUGCCCUUGCCCGCGGCCCUGA